AUGCUUUUAGCGGAAGCGAUGAGAUACAUUUAUCCGGCAGUAUACAGUUCACAAUUUCCAAAACACUUUGUUGAGCGUUUUCCGUUUCUGCAGCAACUAACUGGUUUGCAUCGAAAGGAGGCCAUAAUUUUACCGAUUUCGCAAAAAGCAAAAAAUUUGGAAAAGGCACAUGUCUAUUCGGAUCUAAUCGCUCCGCAGAUGCGAAUAUCAAUCUAUACAGAGACGUGGAUGAAUGGCGCUGGUGAUUUGCCUUCCAGAUGCGCCACACAGUACAAGGUAAUCAACAUCGAAAAAUUAAACAUCGGAGGCACAGCGUUCGCAAACAGUCACGACCAUUCAAAAUGGGCCGUUGCUAUGGACUCCAGCGAGCCUGUGCUAUGCAUCGGUGACAUAAAUAGACAGGACUCACAAGCAAAACGUGGUGGCGGAGCAGUAUGCUUUGAAAACCAGCAUAUAUGGUCACUCUAUCACAGCUCCAUUGUGGAUUCCCAAAAGUGUAGCGUGAAGAAGCACAGAAACAGAGCAAUUUCACUGGCCAGGAAUUUGGACAGAGUUUCGAAAACACUAUCCAUUAACAGAAACCAGCGCAAGAACACACUGACAGGAACCACAGUAAAUGAUCUGUUGAUAAUUUGA